AUGAAUGGAAUAAACGAACGGAACGCAAUGAAUGGAAAUAAACGAACGGAACGCAAUGAAUGGAAUAAACGAACGGAACGCAAUGAAUGGAAUAAACGAACGGAACGCAAUGAAUGGAAUAAACGAACGGAACGCAAUGAAUGGAAUAAACGAACGGAACGCAAUGAAUGGAAUAAACGAACGGAACGCAAUGAACACUUUAAAAUAAAGCGCAAAAAAAAAGACAACAAAGACUGA